AUGUCCACAGAAGUCGACAGCCUCAAAAUCAUCAUUACAGGAGGUGCCGGCUGCAUUGGCUUUGCAACCAUCCAAGCUCUUCUAAGCCACCACGCGAACGCAUCAAUCCACGUUCUCGACAUCAUUAUUCCUUCUUUUCAGUACAGCAACAACAACAUUCAAUACCACAAAGUAGACAUCACCAAUGCAUCCGCUGUAAACUCAAGCUUCCAAGCCAUCAAGCCCAAAGCCAUCAUCCAUACAGCCUCAGUCAUCCCCUCUGCAGCACGGAAACAGCAUUUCUCCAACGAGCGUCUAUGGGACGUCAAUGUGAAUGGCACCAAGAACGUGCUCAACGCCGCCGAACAAGUCGGUACCGUCGAAGCGUUGGUGUAUACGAGUUCGUGCGAUGCCGUGAAACCGGAUAGUUGGAUGAAUUUUGCGAAUGCAAAUGAGAAGGAUACAGCGUAUUUGAUGGAUGCCGAGAAAUGGGACAGCGAGUAUCCACGGACGAAGGCCGCGGCGGAGAAACUGGUCCUCGCAGAAGAGCGCAAGAUCAAGACAUGCGCCAUACGCACGCACGCAGUCAUAGGAACUCUUGACCAGAAUCUAUUCCCGCUAGUAGCAACAAGCCCACGCAAAAUAUCGCUUGGCUCAGGGAAGAAUCUCUACGACUUCAGUUCUGCCGAUAACGUGGCGCAAGCGCAUGUUCUAGCCAUGAACAACCUACUUUCUAUCGAUGCCAGUGCUAAGCGGCGCGCAUUCUUCGUAUCGGAUGGACGACCCAAGCCCUUCAGAGAACUGCAAGAGAUGAUCUGGCGAGUUGUUGAUCGUAACGGUGACAAUGAUGCUGUCGCCGCGCAGGAAAAGAGUUACGGUGGAUAUACGGCGAUUCCGGUGUGGUUGUUUGCUGGCAUUCUUAGAUUUAUGCGCUUGUUGGGGGUCAAGACGCAAAUUACGCCACAGGAGAUUGGCGAUGCUGUUGCUGUGCGGUAUUAUGAUAUAUCAGAGGCUCGGAGCGUGUUGGGCUAUGAUCCGAGCAAGAAGACACUUGAGGAGUCUAUAAGGGAGGCAUGCCUGUGGUGGAGGCAGGGAGAGGGAGGACAGGGCCAGAUAUGA